AUGUAUGAAGAAAGUGGUUGUUUUGAUCACAGCAAUAUGCACCAGCAAGAAGGUUUGAUUCAAGCAGAGGAUGGUUUUUCACAAACCCAUAUUCCAAAUUGCAGCAACCCAAGUUUUUCUAUGGAGGAACACUCAAAUUACCAUCAAAAUCACCCCACUCAACAAGAUGUUGCUGCUGCAGUCUUGGAGAUGGAGCUUCAACAGCAAAUUAUGCAGCAAGGGGAGACUCAUUUGAUGCAGGAAAUUUUGCAUGAUUCAAACUGGCAAGAAAUGAGUAAUUUUAAUGGAAAUAUGAAUCAGUAUUCAUUACCAGAAACUCCAUAUCCCACUACACCUGAUUUGCUCCAUAUGUUUCCUUUGCCUAGAUGCUCACCAUCCACAGCCUCUUUGCUGCCUAAUUCAUCUAUUUCCUUUUCAAACUCAGCCCAUAAAUCUUCCAAUUUCUUGGCUUCCCUUGGCCUCUUAGGUGAUCUUAAUCCAGUCGAUGGCGCAUCAGCCUCGGCAAGUGUUGUGUAUGAUCCUCUAUUGCCCUUGAAUCUUCCACCACAGCCCCCUUUGCUGAGGGAGUUGUUUCACUCUUUACCCCAUGGAGGUUAUGCAAUGGGAGGGUCAAGGACUAGUGGAUCCUUGUUCCCUGGGGUGGUGGAUGAGAGAGAUGUGAAUGGUGGUGAUGGGAGGCACUUUGAUAAUGGGGUUUUUGUCUUUCCUGGUGAUAUGGAUUGUAUUGGUAAAAAUAGGAAUGGAAAGGAUACUAAACAUUUUGCUACUGAGAGGGGUAGGAGAGUUCUACUCAAUGACAAAUUCAAAGCUUUGAGGAGCUUGGUUCCCAACCCCACCAAGAAUGAUAGAGCCUCAAUCGUCGGAGACGCUAUCGACUACAUAAAUGAGCUUAAGAGGACAUUGAAUGAGCUAAAAGUGCUGGUGGAGAAGAAGAGAUGCAUUAAGGAGAGGCUGAAAAGGACCAAAAGGGAAGGCGAUACCAUGGAGGGGAAUAUUGACACAAAGUCUUUUGAUGAUAUGGGACAGCCUCAGAAUGGCUCAUCCUUAAGAAGCUCAUGGCUCCACAGGAAAUCGAAGAACACUGAGGUGGAUGUGCGCAUUGUGGACGAUGAAGUUACUGUCAAGCUUGUUCAACAGAAGAGAAUCAAUUGCUUACUCUUUGCAUCAAAGGUUCUGGAGGAGCUUCAGCUUGAUCUUCAACAUGUUGCUGGAGGCCUAAUUGGGGAUUACUAUAGCUUUUUGUUGAACUCUAAGAUCUGUGAAGGUUCGAUUGUAUACGCGAGUGCGAUAGCUAACAAGCUUAUCGAAGUUGUGGACAAGCAGUAUGCAGCAAUUCCACCAACUAAUAGCUAUUAG